UGUUUUAAUUUUUGUAUUUGAUAUUUUUAUAGUUUAGGGUUUUUUUUAGUUUUUUUUAGUUUAGGGUUUAAGAGGGUGGGUUUUGGUUUUUUUUUCUACUUUCGCACAGUCCGAGUCGAAAGCUGCUAGGUUUUCUGUCAUCAUUUCCUCUAGUCUUUUAGGGUUUAUUUCCUAUCGGAUAGUCUCUUGGAAGUCACCAUGUGGGCGCUUCGCCGAGCCUCUAAUCCUCUCAAGAACCGAGGAUUUAGCAUUGGAACUUCUCAAGCUGGCUUUACUAAUUUAGAAAUUACAGUUUGUAAUUUAGAUAACAAGGUUGGUAUUGGUGAGUUACCCCAAGUAAAGGCCAAUAGAUCCCUAUUCUUAAAGAGGUUCUACAACACAGCAUAUGAUUCUCCAAAAUUCUUUCUGGGAAGAUUUAGUUUUUCUUCGCAAGCUGGUGCAAAAAGCAGCGGAGAGGAAGAUGAUGACUUGGAGGAUGGAUUUUCUGAGCUUGAAACUUCAGCAAGUGGCGAAGCAAUUCAAAAUAAAAAUGCAGAGGAUGAAAAUGAAGAUGAAUUACUUUCUGAAGCUGAGCUCUUUGGAGAGGAUGGUGAUGGUAAUGGGGAAUUAUUGGAUUCUGAGACCGAUGUAACUCAGAAAAAGUCACCAAGAAAAAAAGAAAGAGUUCAGUCGUCAAUGUUGAAGGCUAUCUUGGAUGCUCCAGGUUUGUCUGUUCAUAAUGCUUUGGAUAAGUGGGUUGAAGAAGCAAAUUUGACCCGGGCAGAGGUAUGGCUGGCUAUGCUCAACCUUAGGAAGCGUCGGAUGUAUGGGAGGGCGUUGCAGCUCUCAGAGUGGUUGGAGUCAACUAAGCGGCUAGAUUUUGUUGAAAGAGAUUAUGCUUCUCGUCUUGAUUUGAUUGCCAAGGCACGUGGUCUUCAAAAGGCAGAAAACUAUAUUGAGAAGAUCCCAGAAUCCUUCAGAGGGGAACUAAUGUACCGAACUCUGUUGGCUAAUUGUGUUGUUGCCAAUAAUGUGAAGAAAGCAGAGGAAAUUUUCAACAAAAUGAAGGACCUAGAAUUCCCAGUUACAUCCUUUUCUUGCAACCAGUUGCUCCUCCUAUAUAAGAGGUUUGAUAAGAAGAAAAUAGCCGAUGUACUGUUAUUGAUGGAGAAAGAAGAUGUGAAGCCCACGCUCUUCACUUACAAAAUAUUGAUAGAUACCAAAGGCCUGUCUAAUGACAUAACUGGGAUGGAGGAAAUUGUUGAGACCAUGAAGUCUGAAGGAUUAGAACCGGACAUCAACAUACAGUCGAUCUUGGCUAGGCAUUAUAUCUCUGGUGGGCUGAAAGUAAAAGCUGAGGCUCUUUUGAAAGAGAUGGAAGGAGGCAGCUUAAAAGAGAAUCGCUUGGCUUGCCGAUCUUUACUUCCUCUUUAUGCAGCCCUCGGAAAGGCUGAUGAAGUGGGAAGAGUUUGGAAGUUUUGCGAGUCUAAUCUCCGGCCUGAUGAGUGCAUGGCUGCCAUUGAAGCUUGGGGGAAAUUAAAGAAAAUUGAAGAAGCAGAAGCAGUCUUUGACAAGAUGUCAAAAACGUGGAAGAAACUAUCCUCGAGGCAAUAUUCUGCACUCAUGAAAGUCUAUGCAAAUAAUAAGAUGUUGGUCAAGGGGAAGGAUCUUGUAAAGCAGAUGGCAGAUAAUGGAUGCCGAAUUGGGCCAUUGACUUGGGAUGCGCUUGUGAAGCUUUAUGUGGAAGCAGGAGAGGUGGAAAAGGCAGACUCCAUUUUGCAGAAGGCUGCUCAGCAGAACCAGAAGAAUCCAUUGUUUAGUUCUUAUAUGGCUGUUAUGGACCAUUAUGCAAAGAGGGGUGAUAUACAUAAUUCUGAGAAAAUGCUUCACAGGAUGAAACAGUCUGGGUAUGUCGGUCGUCCUCGGCAGUACCUAGUCUUGAUCCAGGCUUAUAUAAAUGCCAAAGCUCCAGCCUAUGGCAUUAGAGAGAGGAUGAAGGCGGAUAAUGUAUAUGCUAAUAGAACAUUUACAGGACUAUUGUCGCAGGUUGAUGGUUUUAGGAAGAACUCAGUUUCAGAAUUGCUUGAUUAAGGAUUAUGGUCAUUCAUUCCUUCCCCUUGGGAUGAAUUUGGGGUCAGGUCUUCCAAUGCUCACCAGCCAAGGAUCCAUUGCUAUAUUUUUAUUUAUAUACAGUUAGUAUCAGUUGAAUUGUAGUAGGUUGAAUAUCUACUGUGGUUCUUGUUAUGCUGUUUCUGUUGCUGCUGAACACUCAACUUACAUUUCCAUCGGAAUUUUUACUAUGUAUUUUUGUUUUGCUA